GACUCAUAGUCAUAAUGACACCACACACCUCAAUAGCAAAGGGGACACCAGACACUAGAUAUGAGAGGGGUAUAAAGAAGACCGGUUCCUCCUGCACUCCCUAAGCAGGUUCUAAUCACUGGAACCCAAUCUUCAACACCUGAUUCUAAUUUUAUGGAUUUGAAAGUGUGAUAAAUAUAGGGGUGUACUUACCUUUUCCAUGUGACCGAUCUGUUUUUUGUUCAUUUAAAUUGUGAUAAUUACUACAAAAUGUCAAUUUUAUGCAUCAUUUGAUGGAUUUUUAUGGAUUUUUAUAAUUUUAUUCAUUUUAUCAUUUUAUUGUCCCAAUAUGUAAAAAACAAAACAAAAAAAAAAGGCCCCAAAAUUUCCAUGGGGUGUGCUCAUAUUUUCACAUGAUACAUAAUUAUAUGUAGUGAGUGAGUUAAAGUAGUGAGUGUACAGCUUGUAUAACUGUAAAUCUGCUGUCCCCUCAAAAUAACUCAACACAGCCAUUAUUGUCUAAACCGCUGGCAACAAAAGUGUGUACACCCCUAAGUGAAAAUGUCCAAAUUGGGCCCAAUUAGCCAUUUCCCCUCCCCGGUGUCAUGUGACUUGUUAGUGUUACAAGGUCUCAGGUGUGAAUGGGGAGCAGCAUGUUAAAUUUGGUGUCAUCGCUCUCACACUCCCUCAUACUGGUCACUGGAAGUUCAACAUGGCACCUUGUGGCAAAGAACUCUGAGGAUCUGAAAAAAAGAAUUGUUGCUCUACAUAAAGAUGGCUUAGGCUAUAAGAAGAUUGUCAAGAGCCUGACACUGAGCUGCAGCACGGUGGCCAAGACCACACAGCUAGUUAACAGGACAGGUUCCACUCAGAACAGGCCUCGCCAUGGUCGACCAAAGAAGUUGAGUGCACGUGCUCAGCGUCAUAUCCAGAGGCUGUCUUUGGGAAAUAGACGUACGAGUGCUGCCAGCGGUUGCUGCCAUUGCUGCAGAGGUUGAAGGGGUGGGAGGUCAGCCUGUCAAUGCUCAGACCAUACGCUGCUAACUGCAUCAAAUUGGUCUGCAUGGCUGUCGUCCCAGAAGGAAGCCUCUUCUAAAGAUGAUGCACAAGAAAGCCCGCAAACAGUUUGCUGAAGACAAGCAGACUAAGGACAUGGAUUACUGGAAUCACGUCCUGUGGUCUGAUGAGACCAAGAUAAACUUAUCUGGUUCAAUUUGUCUUUGUACUCCUCACCUGGUUGCCGCCACACACUCUUGACACCAUCUGAACCAGAUAAGUUCUGGUUCACGCUCUGAGGCGCUUGUGCUAAACCACUACUAUAUAUAUGAAACGCAGAGCAUGACAUAAUUCUGUGUACCGAUAAGAAGCAGUUUGAGGCAGUUCAAACAGGCUUUGUUUCAGGGUCUUAGAAGAUGUGCAGACAAACCUUGAACAGAAGAACAUGUUUGUGUCGUAGAAGCGAUUAUUGACCCAGGCGAACAGUAACUGGAAAGUGUUUCUUUCUGGAUUUUUUAGUUGAAACUAGUUUUAUCACCGAUUGUCAGAUAGAAGCUGUAACUCUGCUUCCUUGUUGCUAUGAGCUGUAUACCCAUUGCUAGAUUAAACAAAUUCCGGUAUUCAGAUUCAGUUUCGCUCUGGAAUCGCUCGUUCACGCGACUACUCUUUGUGUUGCUAAUUAAAGAGGCGUGUUCAGCUGAAAUACAUCAGUAUUUAUUAAUUAAGAAAUGCUGAGGCGGAAGCGUCAGUCCUUGUUGUGUGAAGACCGAGCUCGGUUAAAGACCUGCGAGUCUACCUGCGCGAGUCCACCGAGCAAGGACACCACACAUGCUGCUAUGUAUACUUUUUUUUCUUCUCCCUUUUUUCCUUUUGCUGUUACCUGUUUACACACACUAACAUGUGUCAUCAGUAUAUCCCUGUUAUUUGCCACAGGCGCAGACCAUGGCAUUCUCCCAGAAACCUAUGCAACUUGGACAACCUACGCUCUCUGAAUGUGGCCUCUGCAGGUUCCCUCUCAUUCUCAGUCGGACUUUGGAACUGCCAGUCUGCUGUCAACAAGGCAGAUUUCAUUCCUGCUUUUGCAACCCACUCCAACCUCAGUGUGCUGGCUCUGACUGAGACCUGGAUCCAUGCCGAGAACAUUACCACACCAGCUGCCCUGGCCUCCAACUUCAACUUAUCCCAUACCUCACGCCCCAACAGACGAGGGGGUGGUACAGGUUUGCUUCUCUCCAAAACAUGGAAAUUUACCUGUCUUUCUCCCUCUUGCUCAUAUACUUCCUUUGAAUUUCAUGCUGUUACAGUCACUGACCCUGCCAAAAUGCACUUUCUUGUUGUUUACCGUCCUCCGGGUCAACUGGGGAAGUUCAUUGAUGAAUUUAACACGCUACUGUCCACCAUCCCAGAUGAUAGAGCUCCUCUUCUGGUCCUGGGUGAUUUCAACAUUCAUUUAGACAAGCCACAUGCAGCUGACUUUCUUGCUCUCCUUCCCACAUUUGACCUCAAGCAGCUCACCACACCAGCAACCCACAAAGCCGGCAAACAGCUUGACCUCAUCCUCACACAACAACCUCCUGGACACCAAGCAGUCCGGCUUCAAGAGCAACCACUCCACGGAGACUGCUCUGCUUUCCGUCACUGAAGCCUUACGACUAGCAAGAGCAACCUCUAGAUCAUCUGUCCUCAUCCUACUUGACCUCUCUGCUGCUUUCGACACUGAACCAUCAGAUCCUCCUGUCAACUCUCUCCAGCCUGGGCAUCACUGGAACGGUUCUGCGCUGGGUGGAAUCCUAUCUCUCUGACAGAUCCUUCAAGGUAUCAUGGAGAGGAGGUAUCUCUGAAACUCAGCAACUCACAACUGGCAUUCCACGGGGCCUGACGAUCCAUCUGUCUCUGCACACAUCUCUGCUUGCCUGUCGGACAUCUCGGUCUGGAUGAGGGAACACCAUCUUAAGCUUAACCUGGCAAAAUCUGAGCUUCUUGUCAUCCCAGUCUGUCCCUCAAUCAACCACAACCUCACUGUACAGCUCAGCUCACUCACACUCAUGCCAACCAGGAUGGCCAGGAACCUUGGGGUGAUUCUUGAUGACUGCUUGACCUUUACAGACCACAUCUCAACAACUGCAAGGUCCUGUAGGUUCAUCCUGUACAACAUCAAGAAAAUCCGACCCUACCUUACCGAACAGGCUACACAGCUACUAGUCCAGGCUCUUAUCUCUAAACUGGACUAUUGCAACUCACUGCUUUCAGGCCUCGCAGCCAGCUCCAUCAAACCCCUUCAGAUGAUUCAGAAUGCUGCAGCGCGCCUCGUCUUCAACCAGCCCAAGAGAACCCAUGUCACAACCCUCUUCAUCUCCCUCCACUGGCUUCCUGUAGCUGCCCCCAUCAAAUUCAAGGCCUUGAUGCUCACCUACAAGACCUUGUCAGGAACAGCACCCUCCUACCUCAACUCUCUCCUGAAGGCCUAUGUUCCAUCACAGAAUCUGCGAUCGAUUAGCGACCGACGUUUAGUAGUUCCCACUCAGCGUGGCACAAGGUCCCUUUCCAGAACCUUCACACUAACUGUUCCUCAGUGGUGGAAUGAACUUCCAAUCUCAAUCCGGACCGCAGAAUCUCUCACCAUCUUCAAAAAACAGCUAAAGACCCUCCUCUUCCGUGAACAACUAACUAACUCAUUUAAAAAAUAAAAAAAAAUUUUUUUUAAAAACCAUUAUAUAUAUUUGCACUUUCCACCUCUACUCUGUGCACUUUGCUUCUUCUGGAAUUUAUGGAUCUUGUAUAGUAGCAGACCGCCUGUGUUCAAUGAUAGAAUAACCAUUAUGUGUCUACGUGACGAGGGGACAUAUGACAUUGUGUGGGUAGCACUGUUGGCAAUGAUUCUUAUGACCAAAGGUGAUACAGAACGGUUUACAGAGUUUAUGCCAAUAUCUUGACAUAUGGGCUUUUAACUACUAAUUGUGGUCCAAUCUGCAGCAAUAGUCUACUAAAGAACUUCGCGGGUUUAUGUGGGACCUAUAGAAAUCACGUCACCGUAGGCAUUUAGUAUCUUCACCACGAUCAGCUAAAUACCAAAUUUGGAUAAAAGUGUGUGCGUCAUGCACUCUUUCUGCCGCAACAUCGUGAUUGAUCAAUAAGUCUUCCACCCAAUAAACUCCAAUAUCGCGCUUUGGUUUAUCUUUCCAGCUUAAGGGUCUACCCCCGGACCCCCAGUGUUGUCGGGAAUGGUCCCAGUGAUUUGUGAGUUUAUUUCUAUGACAGGGUUUACUAACACAUACCACCUAUACCAGGAGAAGGGUGCACGAUUAGGAAUAGGUUUGUAGGUCUGUGGUCAGGGAGCUUUGGGGCAUAAGAGGUGAGGUAGCAAAGUCACGUUGUCUAACCUCUGUCCUGGUCACGUGGCUAUAUAGUACACACUAAUGAAGUUCAGUCGUCCUAAGAGUACAGUUUCCGUGUCGUCAACAUUUUCUCCAAAAACUACAUGUCCAUGAUUUCACAGGCUACUAGAUACUAUUUGGUGUCUUAUGUUGUGUAACUACAAGGAACUGGUAUGAGAAUGUGUGUUUGAAUGCAGUGUGUCAUGUGUGUGGGUGUGUACAUGCAGAUCGUCGCACGCGAGCGUCGGUCCUCCUAGAGGCCUCUUGAUAGAGAAUCACUUUCUAGUCCUCCUGUUACAGUCCCAUCUUCUCCAGCUCAUUGCUCAGCUAUGGAACUCUCCUACAGUGGCUGGCAUGCAUCCACAUGACUAUCUGGCUGACCUUUACCACAGAGUGAGUGACACAAAGGAUCUAGAAUGGCCCCGACCACUGUGGCUUGUUCCACCUGGUCCUGCGGAAGUCCUUGAUCAUGAUCCACUCUCCGGGCUUCAGAUCAUGCAGCAGGCCCGUGGCUGGAGCUGGAAAUGCUGCCUUUAACUGCUUAUGGUUAGAGUGCAGAGCAGACGACAGGGUUGCACAGUAAUUUAACAUUGCAUCAUCACAUGCUGCAGCGUCAGGAAGAGGAGCUGUCACAGGUCCAAUUCCUGUGUGUCUCCCAAACAGUAUCCCAAAGGAGCUAAGCCCAUCCUAAGCCUGCUUCAGAACAGCAUUUGCUCAAUCUGUUUUUUAGUGUUCCAUUUUCUCUCUCUACUCCCUCACAACUAGCUGGAUGAUAUGCACAGUGCUGCUUUAAGUCAAUACCCAAAUAUUCACCCACCUACUUAAGGGCAUGGCUCAUAAACGGUGUGACAUUAUCACUGUUUUGUCCUGUUUGGAUGUAGGGACAUGGUCUUCUCUACCUUCAAAACUCAACCCACGUUAUGAGUUGCGCAAACAGCAUGAACAAUUUUUUUUGAGUAAUUAGAGAAACCAAUGCUUUACCACAGCUAUCAUUCCCCCAUUUGACGCAUGGUCCCUGCCAUGCGCCAACAUUGAAGACAAGGACAGCCCUGGCGGCUCCGCUAAACUCCGUCAACAACCGUUCAGCCUGCUUUGCGCCACACAACCUUUUCCUCAUCUGCGUAGCUCAUGCUUGGAGGUCUGAAAGCUGUACAGAAGGAGUGAUUAUUUUCUUUUGAGUUUUGGAACCAUAUAUGCAGCUGCUUGCUUUGCUGCACUGUCCGCUCGAGCAUUUCCUAGGAAAACAGGGUCUAAUUUGUUAGUGUGUGCAUUACAUUUGAAUACUGCAAUAGUUUUGGGAAGUAGGACUGCAUCCAGCAGCUCAGAGACUAGUUUGUGGUGGGCUAUGUGUGUUCCUGAAUUUGUCAGGAAGUUCCUGUGUCUCCAAAUUGUUCUAAAAUCAUGUACUACCCCAAAGGCAUAUCUACUGUCUGUGUAGAUAUUUACUGACUGUCCCUCAGCAUGUCUUCAUGCCUCUAUUAGGGCGUACAGUUCAGCUGCUUGUGCUGAAAAGUUUGAGGGGAGACUUGACUUGACAGACCGUCUCGUUUGCGGUUACUACUGCAUAGCCAACUCGAUUUUUACCUGUCUCUUGGUCACGUGACGCUGAUCCAUCCACAAAAAGGAUCAGAUCUGGGUUUUCCAGUGGAACAUCCUUCAGGUCAACUCUAGGGGAGCAGAGCUCGUCAGUCAGUACAACACAAUCAUGUAGUUCCCCGUCUUCCUCUGUUGGAAGGAGAGUAGCAGGGUUAAGGAGAGUACAUUGUUUUAUAGUGACAUUUGGCAUAUCUAGUAGAACUGUGUUAUAGCGCAGCCACUGAUUGGUGGACAGGUGUGAGGUUCAAGCAUUACACUCAUCAAGCAUGACAAGCAUCAACACAUCAUGUGGAACCAAGAGGUUCAAUUCUGGGUAACCUGCCAGGUUUCUGGAUGCCACCACAGCUUUCUCUGCUGUUGCUAUUGCAUGUACACAUGGGGGAAACUGCAGCGACUGGAUCCAACUUACCUGAGAAGGAGCUGUCCAACCUGUCGCAUAUGCCAGCUCUCUGAGUGGUGCUUCUAGAAUGGAAUAGUUUAGAAUGAAAGUUCUGCGAUACAAACACAUACCUAGGAUAGAGAGAACUUGUUUCUUUAUGAGAGGCUUGGGAAUCUUCUGGAUUGCAGAUACUCUUUCAGCGGAGAGUUUCUUUCCCUUUGCAGAAAUGUCAUGCCCUAGAAAUCUCACUUCUUGUUGUAUAUGCUGACAUUUUGGCUUUUUGUCCCUCCUUAACGAGAUGUUGCAACAAUUUAACGGUGUCAGUUUCACACUGUGCCUUGGAGAAAGCGUUAAAGGUGCUAAGCUGUCCUUUAGCAUUUGGUUGUAUAUCAUUGAUGACUCACAAUACCCCUAACACAAGCGAGUGAAAGUGUAAGGACGUCCGUCAAAUAUGAAUGCAAACUGAAACUGUUUUUAUCAAGAGA